AUGAAGAUUGGUUCAAGAAGACAGACAAAGACAACGACCUUGAUGCUUGGAUGGAACGUGUUGGCUUCAUAAAGCGGAAGAAUAAGAAUGGCAACGAAAGUUACGAUCAUUUGAAGGAGGAAGCCAGGCAGAUAGGAAACAGCAAGACAGAAUAUUAGUACUUGUUACUUAAAGCCAAAAAUCACAAGAAGAGGGGAGAAACCGAUGGCAUGUACAACUUCCGAAUGGGGAUAAAGCAACUCUAUGCCUAUCUACGUGCGAUGAGGUUGAAACAAGCUUUUGGCAUCCUGACAUCGUACUGCCAUACCUAUUUUGUCAUUUGUAAAUAUGACUGUCCGACCAAGGAACAUACAUUACAAGUUUCAAAUUGUGUGAGGUAUGACCAAGACAUCAUUAAAAAGGUGACUCAAUUUAUUCACUUCACAAUGAACUCUGAAAGGAAAGAGAUCACGAACAUNUAUACAGGAAUGCACUUCAAGACAAGGAAGGUGUUUCAUGUAAGAGAAAAAAUUUAUUUGAAAUAUUAUGAUGAUUUUUUUUUCUUUCGUGGUGGUGAUGAGGACGACGAUGGAGGAGGAGGAGGUGGUGGUGAUGACAAUGGAGGUGAUGGUGAAGGUGGUGGUGAUGAAAGUGGCGGUGCUGCGAAAAGCAUUUCUGGGCUUGAUGAGGAGCAGAGUGAUGAAGAAUACGACAUCCUCUGUGAACUGCAGAACGAAGUUAAAAUCUACAAAAAGUUGAGAGGCCUGCAAGGUCAAGUUGUUCCAAAGUUUCAUUACAGUGGCUAUUUACAUGGUUGCGAAUACACCCUGCUCUUAGACGAACUCGAUGCUAAUCCUCUCUGGAAGUGUGACCCAUCGUAUGAGGAAAAGGAAGCGAUUGUUCGGGCGUUGGGCGAGAUCCACGCGGCCGGAGUUUUGCAUGGCGAUAUCAGGAAGCAGAAUAUUUUGUUACACAGGACCACCAAGCAACCCUACUUCAUAGACUUUGGGUUUUCAAGGAAAUGUAGUUACGAGAUGGACUUCAAAGAAGAAAUAAACAAACUCAGAGCACUUUUAGAUAUGUAA